CUGGGUUCCAACACCAACACACGCCUGCUUCUUUUUCCCCGGAGCAGAGAAUCGCGACGCGUUACCGACUUUCAUUCUUUCUUCACGGCAAAGAAUCGUUGAUCGUCGUCGGCGUAGUCGUUGAUACUUCGAGCUGAAUUCGUAGCUGAUUGUGGAAUGUUGGAUCACUUUUGAGUUAUGAAAUAUUUGGUUCAUAAAGCAAGUGUGAAGAAUAAGGAAGAUGAAACUACAGGCGCCAAUUCCAGGACAAAUGUCAGGCCAGGUACCUAAUCAAUCAGGGUCCCAGCUGCCUGGACUGACCCAGCCGAAUCGAAAUGCCAUCCCUCAGAUGCCAACUUUAGGCGGUGUUCCCCGAUCAACCACUAAUAUGGACUCUGAAUUUCUAAGAGCACGCGUGUUUAUUCAAGAGAAGAUCUAUGAUAUGUUAUUGCAGCGGCAACAGCCGCCAGUAGUGGAACUGCAGAGAAGAAAGUUCAAGGAUCUUGCUAAACGCCUGGAGGAAGCCAUGUUAAAAGCUGCAACAUCUAAGGAGGAGUACUUGAACUUGGGUACACUAGAGAGCCGUCUGCUUAAUUACUGCAGACCGCCAUCUGUGAAUAAUAACCAACAAUAUACCCAGCAUACUAGCUCUUCUUCAGUAGGUACAAUGAUACCAACACCUGGUAUGGCACAUGUGAAUUCAAACAUGGCAGUUACAUCUUCUGUAGAUGCCUCAAUCAUUGUUGCCCCUGGAUGUAAUAGCAUGGCAUCUCCAUCUGUGAAUAGUGCAAGCAUGUUUCCUACAGGGGGUUUGCAUGGGAAUUCCUUAACUAGAUCUGAUGGUUUGUGUAAUGGCUAUCAGCCAUCAUCAACCAGCUUUUCAAUUGGUUCUGGGGGAACCAUGUCAUCAAUGGGUGUGCAGAGAAUCACAAGCCAGAUGAUUCCCACUCCUGGUUUUAAUGGCAGCAAUAACUCAUACAUGAAUAUGGAAUCUUCUGAUAAUAGUGGUGUCUUUUCCAGUGUUGAAUCCUCAACAAUGUCACAACCUCUGCAGCAGAAACAGAAUUUUGGGGGCCAAAACAAUAAUGUGAUGCAGAACCUUGGCAACCAAAUGGAUAGUGGAAUGAGAUCUGGUUUACAGCAAAAAUCUAUUGCAUACUCAAAUGGAGCCAUGGGUAGCAGGUUAGGUUUGAUUGGAAACAAUAGGCAACUUACAAAUGAAUCUGGCUUUGGUGAUGCCUAUGCCACAACUUGUGUGAAUUCCCCUAAACACUUACAGCAGCACUUUGAUCAAAAUCAGCAACCGCCAGUGCAUGGUGAUGGAUAUGGAUUAAAUAAUGUUGACUCAUAUGCAUCUGGAAACUUUUAUACAUCUGCAACAUCUUCUGGAUCUAUGAUGAGCAGUCAGAACUUGAACUCAGUAAAAUUGCCUGCAAUAUCCCAAACCAACUCUCUCAUAAGUAGUCAUUCGAAUUUACAUGGUAUGCAGCAGGAUGCUCAUCUAAAGUCUCAAUCUAUGAAUCGGUUGGAGAAGUUGAAUUUUCAAUCUUCUUUCACUUCAAAAGAUGGCCUUCUGGAUCCUCAACGGCAAUAUCUGCAACAUUCCCAACAAUUUCAACAGCCAGAGCAGUAUGCCCAGAAGCAAUUUCAAUUUAAGCUGCAAAGUCAGCAGCCCCAGCAUAUGGUCAAAAGUGAUGCCUUCAGUCAGUCUCAUAUCCCUUCCAAUUUAGAAGUCCAAGUGAAGUCUGAGCCUGUAAUUGAUCACCACAAAGAAGUCUUUAGUUCACAGGUUUCUGAACAGUUUAAUAUUUCUGAGAUGCAAAACAAGAUGCAACAGAACUCUAAUGAUAGUUGUUUGGGGGAUGCCCAACAUCUUUCUUUUCCAAAUAGUCAGAGUGAUUUAUCUGCAGCAACAGCUCAAAACUCACAUCAAAUGUUGCACCCGCAUCAAAUGGUUUCAGAGUCCGAAAAUAAUUUUAGUUGUCUUUCAGUUGGGACACAAUCUAAAUCAGCACUUCUAAAUCAAUGGAAUUCUCAAUCGCAAGGUGGUAACCACAUACCAGGGAAUAUGUUGCAUGAGCAACAUCUCCACAUGGAUUUCCAUCAGAGAAUAUCAAGGCAAGAUGAAGCUCAGUGCAAUAAUUUAUCAUCAGAUGGAAAUGUUAUUGGUCAAGCUGUUGCUUCUAGAGGCACUAAACCCCUUGACUCAAGUGUUAGUAUUAAGAAAGCACAUAGGAAUCAACAGAGGUGGCUUUUAUUUCUACUUCAUGCUCGACGGUGUCCUGCCCCAGAAGGACGAUGCCAAGAACGUUAUUGUUAUAGUGCUCAGAAGUUAUGCAGACACAUUGAUGGAUGCAACCUGCCUCAUUGCUCAUAUCCCCGCUGUCAUCAUACCAGGCUAUUGCUAAUUCAUUUUAGAAACUGCAAAGAUCCAUGUUGCCCAGUUUGUGUUUUUGUUCGAAAUUACAGGCGCUCUUUUCAAGUUAAGUCCCAGACUCGGCCAGAUUCUGAUUCAGGAGUGCCAGUUGCAGCAAAUGGAUCUUGUAAAUCAUACAAUUCUGUGGUUCCAUCACCUAGAUUGAUCCAAAAACCUCUACCCGUUAUUGAAACUUCAGAUGACCUGCAGCCAUCUUUAAAACGUAUGAAAAUUGAGCAGUGUACCCAGUCCUUUAGUUUGGAGAAUGAAAACUCUACUGUGUCAGUUUUGGCAAACUGUGAAUCUAAUGUUUCCAAGGAUGCCCCGUGCCAAGACUAUAUCCAUGGUGAUAUGUCAAUGUCAAUUAAGUCUGAGCUCACAGAAGUUAAGGCUGAAGGUCCAGUGCAUUCAACACCUGCAAAUCCUUGUGAAAUGAAAAUAAAUGAUGUGGAGGACAGAUGGCCUGGUGGUGAACCUGUCACAUAUGAUGAACCUGUCACUUUAUCUAGGCCAGAAAAUAUCAAAACUGAGAAAGAAACUGGACAAGAUCAGCCAGAAAACCUUAACCAGCCAUCAGAAAAUUUUGGAGGGACGAAGUCUGAACCUAAAAUAAAGGGGGUCUCGUUGAUUGAACUAUUCACUCCAGAACAAGUCAGGGAACACAUCACUGGCCUAAGACAAUGGGUUGGCCAAAGCAAAGCGAAGGCUGAAAAGAAUCAAGCAAUGGAGCAUUCAAUGAGUGAGAACUCCUGUCAGUUGUGUGCUGUAGAGAAGCUUACAUUUGAACCACCACCUAUUUAUUGCUCAACUUGUGGUGCUCGCAUUAAACGGAACGCUAUGUAUUAUACCAUGGGUACUGGCGAUACACGGCAUUAUUUUUGUAUUCCAUGCUAUAACGAGGCACGUGGAGACAGCAUUUUUGUCGAUGGAACUGCCAUUCCUAAGGCGAGGCUGGAGAAAAAGAAAAAUGAUGAAGAAACUGAGGAAUGGUGGGUUCAAUGUGAUAAAUGUGAAGCUUGGCAACACCAAAUUUGUGCACUAUUUAAUGGUCGAAGAAAUGAUGGGGGACAAGCUGAGUACACUUGCCCUAAUUGCUAUAUUCAAGAGGUAGAAAGAGGAGAGCGCAAACCAUUACCCCAAAGUGCUGUUCUUGGGGCUAAGGAUUUGCCUAAAACUAUUCUCAGUGAGCAAAUACAGCAACGGUUGUCUAGGAGACUAGAACAAGAGAGACAAGAGAGGGCAAGGCUUCAAGGAAAAAGUCGCGAUGAGGUGCCUGGGGCUGAAGAACUUGUUGUAAGAGUGGUGUCAUCUGUUGACAAGAAGUUAGAAGUGAAACAACGAUUUUUGGAAAUUUUCCGGGAAGAAAAUUAUCCGACAGAAUUCCCCUAUAAAUCAAAGGUAGUUUUGUUGUUUCAAAAGAUUGAAGGCGUGGAAGUAUGCCUUUUUGGCAUGUAUGUUCAAGAAUUUGGAUCUGAAUGCCAGUUCCCUAAUCAGCGUCGGGUUUAUCUUUCAUACCUUGAUUCUGUGAAGUAUUUUAGGCCUGAAGUUAAAGCAGUGACUGGAGAGGCUCUUCGGACGUUUGUUUAUCAUGAAAUCUUGAUUGGAUACCUUGAAUAUUGUAAGAAACGUGGUUUUACUAGCUGCUAUAUUUGGGCCUGUCCUCCAUUGAAGGGUGAAGAUUAUAUUUUAUAUUGUCAUCCGGAAAUUCAGAAAACUCCAAAAUCUGAUAAGCUCCGAGAAUGGUACUUAUCAAUGUUAAGAAAAGCUUCGAAGGAGAAUAUUGUGGUCGAUCUUACCAACUUGUACGACCAUUUCUUUGUAUCUACUGGUGAAUGUAGAGCUAAGGUUACUGCUGCAAGACUUCCUUAUUUUGAUGGUGACUAUUGGCCUGGGGCUGCUGAGGAUUUGAUUUAUCAGCUUAACCAAGAAGAAGAUGGCAGAAAACUGAAUAAGAAAGGAACAACCAAAAAAACCAUAACAAAAAGGGCUUUAAAGGCAUCUGGUCAGUCAGAUCUCUCUGGAAAUGCAUCAAAAGAUCUGCUCCUAAUGCAUAAACUUGGCGAAACCAUUAGCCCCAUGAAGGAAGAUUUUAUCAUGGUUCAUUUGCAGCAUGCAUGCAGUCAUUGUUGUAUUUUAAUGGUAUCAGGCAACCGUUGGGUUUGCAACCAGUGCAAGAAUUUUCAGAUAUGUGAUAAGUGUUAUGAAGUUGAACUAAAGCGUGAAGAAAGAGAAAGGCAUCCUAUUAAUCAUAGGGAGAAACAUGCCCUUUACCGAAUUGAAAUUUCUGAUGUACCAGCUGAUACAAAGGACAAAGAUGAGAUUCUUGAAAGUGAAUUCUUUGACACUAGACAGGCAUUUCUGAGUCUGUGUCAGGGAAACCACUAUCAAUAUGAUACUCUGAGACGGGCCAAGCAUUCAUCAAUGAUGGUUCUCUAUCAUCUUCAUAAUCCAACUGCUCCUGCUUUUGUGACAACUUGUAAUAUAUGCCAUCUUGACAUUGAAACUGGUCAAGGUUGGCGAUGUGAAGUUUGCCCUGAUUAUGAUGUGUGCAAUGCGUGUUAUCAAAAGGAUGGAGGCGUUGAUCAUCCUCAUAGGUUGACAAAUCAUCCAUCUGUGGCUGAUCGUGAUGCUCAGAACAAAGAAGCAAGGCAACUUCGAGUGUUGCAGUUGCGGAAAAUGCUUGAUCUUCUCGUGCAUGCAUCCCAAUGUCGUUCUGCACAUUGCCAGUAUCCAAAUUGUCGCAAAGUGAAGGGGCUCUUCCGCCAUGGGAUGCAAUGUAAAACACGUGCCUCCGGAGGCUGUGUUCUUUGCAAGAAAAUGUGGUAUCUGCUGCAACUCCAUGCUCGUGCUUGCAAAGAGUCUGAGUGCCACGUACCACGUUGCAGAGAUCUGAAGGAACAUUUAAGGAGGUUACAGCAACAAUCGGACUCUCGACGAAGAGCAGCCGUGAUGGAAAUGAUGAGACAGAGAGCUGCUGAAGUUGCCAGCAAUGCAGGAUAAGCUGUUUGCCCAUGAAAAUUUGGAUGUUUCAAAGGAAAUGAUGCUGCUGGCAACGGUGCUCCUAACAGCAGCCGAGGGUGGUUUAUGUGAUUGGAAGGGAUCAGAUAUGACAAGAGCGUUCUGGAUUCGCUUAUCUUCCUUCUGUCAGUGCCCUUCUUAUUGUAGCUUGGCCUCUCCACAACAUGAUUGUCCUGAAGAGGAUCAUUUUAGUACGGCCACCCUCUUCUGGAAUUACUAACCAGCUCUAGCGGGUAAUUAUGUCGGUAUCUCAGCUAUGUGUUGCCGAUCUAGUGAUUCUUUAAUUUGGUCAGGUCCUUGUAUUAUGAGAAGUGCCAUCCCGCGGUGGCCAAUGUACUAUAGCCCUAAUUUGUCGAAAAUGUCUUAAAAAGGAAUGCGAGGGAGGUUUGUAUUUAAUUUGUUUUUGGCCUUUUGAACAUUGACCCUCUUUUGUAGAAUGUCAUUAAAGGUGAAUAAUUAGAGUAUUCGUAGAUGCAGUAAUUCAUAUUCAAUUAUUGAUUAAA